UCCCACCAUCUUCUAGACCCUUCCAAAUCCCUGGAACACUCCAGAGCUCCUCUCUUUCCUCCUUUCUUAUUGCGCCUCAUUCCCAUUUUCUCGCCAUCCAACGUUGAAGCUUGAAACCCUAGUUUCCAGAUCUCUAUCCUUCUCCAAACCCUAACAAUGGCGAAGUAUGGCGAGGGGGACAAGCGCUGGAUCGUUGAGGAACGCGCCGACGGUGCCAAUGUCCACAACUGGCACUGGGCGGAGCGCGACUGCCUCGAAUGGUCUCGUUCUCUCCUAUCUUCUCUCCUCUCCGGUCUUCCAAUCCUCUCUGGCGAGGGUGGUCUCACGAUCAAGACGAGAACCCUUGACCGCCUUGAUGGUGAGGCCUAUGUUAACAUUCGGAAGGGGAAGGUCAUCCCUGGCUAUGAGCUCUCCCUUACCCUCUCGUUCGAUGCGGAGGCAGGAGGGGACUCUGAUGACUCUGCCUCCCUUGCCAAGUUCUCUGGCACUGUUGAGAUCCCGUACCUCGCUGACGAGAACGCCGAUGAGGACCCUGAGGUCAAGGUCUCUCUACGCGAAGAGGCCGGACCGAUUGGUACUCGGAUCAAAGAAGCGUUCCUCGCGAAGGGAAAACCUUUGAUUCUCGAGAAGGUUAGGGUUUACGUGCAGGCCAUGGCCAAGGGUGGCCCGGCCAAGGAUGAGCUCGAAGUUAAAAAGCCUGCUUUGAAGAAUUCUACUACUUCUUCUGCUGCGCCAACAGCGCCGAUCAAGAAGGAAGAGAAGAAGGAGAAGAAGGGGAGGGAGGGGUUCAAAACGAUUUCGAUGACAGAGAAGUUUAAUUGUAGGGCACAAAUUAUGUAUGAGAUUUUGAUGGAUGAGAAUAGAUGGAAGGGCUUCACUCAGAGCAACGCGAGGAUCAGCAAGGAAGUGGGUGGGGAGUUCAGCUUGUUUGAUGGAUCGAUCACGGGAGUGAACCAGGAGUUGCAGGAAGGGAAGCUUAUUGUUCAAAAAUGGCGAUUUGGGAGCUGGAACGAUGGAAUCUUCUCCACUGUGAAGCUGAGCUUUGAUGAGCCUGAGCCAGGGUUGACCAUUCUGAAGCUUGUGCAGACUGAUGUUCCGGAGGAGGAUAGGUAUGGGAACGCUACUGUGGUUGAAAACACAGAGAGGGGAUGGAGAGAGUUAAUCUUCCAUAAAAUCCGAGCUGUCUUUGGUUUUGGAAUCUGAAGCUUUCAUUAGAGACACCUGUGCUUUUUAUCAGAGGUCCAUUCAUUGCUCUUUGCUUGUUGUGUCAAACCACAUGAAUUUUGACAGUACAAAACUCACGAAUUGUUAUGUUCUCUGAUCCUCUUUUCAUUUAUAUUGCUGGAAAACUCCCAGACUAGCGUUCUUGUACUUUAAUGUGAAACUUCAUAUAUUAAUGAACCAUAUGUUGUUUCCAUUGUGUUCA